UAGUUGAAUACAUCCAACUGAUCAAGUGUAUGUUUCACAAUGAUGCACCGGUCAAUCUCCCGAUGGUUGAGUCAGCUGGGACUGCCUCAGUACUGCAGCGCACUGGAGCAAGAAUACGAUGGAGUAGAGGACUUGCUCAACCUGUCGGAGUAUGAUCUGUUGGAGCUGGGGGUCCACAGUCACCUCCACCGGCUGCACCUUCUCAUGUCUCUGCGUCUGAUCCAGGAGAGAGAGCGCAGGAGAGAGUUGAGGAUGAUGGCCGAAGGGCGUUUUGCCAGUCUCCCCCGGUCCCUGCACCACCCCCCCUCACUCGGAGGAGGGGGGGCCCACGUUCCUCUGACGGGACCCUCGUACUCUGUGGGGGCCCCAAACACCUGCUCAUCCCGGAGGCUUCAGGGGUCACUGGCCUCCUCCAUGGACCUGCUCAGUUCCAAGUCUGGUCUUCCGUCAGGCCCGGGUGGCAGCCUAUCAGAGCUCCCCGCUUCAUCCCAGCAAGUGUCCAUUCACGGCACACUCCCCCGACGAAAGAAAGUGGCACAUAACAUGGUCCAGAGCAGCUACACCUGGGAUCCCCGGGGCAAACACUACCCCACCUCCCCUCUGAGUCCUGGGACCGUCCAGCCUCUGCCCUCGCCUCUGGUCCAGAACAUCAAAGAGGACUUCCAUGGAUACAGGGACCCCACUCCUGGCCUGGAUGCAACUGUGGAUUAUGUCAAGUUCUCAAGAGACCAGUUCAUUUUGGACUGUCCUCCAGAGAAGCUUCGGCGAGAGCUGGAGGAGGAGCUGAAGAUGAACGGAGAUGAGCCCAGGAGCCAUGCAUGGUACCACGGAGCCAUACCCAGACAGGUCUCAGAAAACCUGGUGCAGCGAGAUGGAGACUUCCUCGUUCGUGAUUCACUGUCGAGUCCAGGGAGUUACGUCAUGACCUGCCAAUGGAGAAACGCUGCUCAGCACUUUAAAAUUAAUAAGAAGGUUGUGAUGUUGAAUGAAGCUUAUUCCAGAGUGGAGUACCGUCUGGAUAAAGAAGGAUUUGACAGCGUCCCUGCACUUAUAAGAUACUACGUCGGCAACAGAAAACCCGUCUCACAGGUUGUAGGAGCCAUUAUUUUUCAACCCAUCAAUCGUGCGCUGCCUCUCCGCUGUAUAGAGGAGAAGUACGGACUGUCCAGUAGUCACAGAGAGGCCAGUCUAACCACACAGGACAAGAGGAACCAAAAACGCCUCAGUUUAAACAUUACCAAUGGACACUCCCACGAGAAACACAACAUACACGAUAUAUCACCCGGCAAGGACAACGGCCUGACCAGAGGACACCAGCUCAGGCUGAAGGAUCGCUGUGGGAGUCAACCAGCUAGCCUGAAUCAGAUCCUGGAAAGACGACGCCCACUCAAGGCACACCAGUCAGAAAGCUUCUUACCACUUGGUUGUAAACCAGCCCUGUCCCCGGACACACAACCGCCCAGUCCGAAGCCCAAGUCCCCAGUGUUUCGGACAGGAAGUGAGCCAGUCCUCAGCCCCUCCUUCCCCCGGAGGACAGCAGAGAUAGGCCAGGCCAUCAGAGGCUCUGACAGUCAGCUGAGCCCCAAACCUCCUCCUAAACCAAGCAAAGUGUUCCUGUCCCGCCUCCCUCGCUCACCUGCGCUUCAGCCCUUAACCCCGCCCACCAGCUGCUCCAGCCAAUCAGAAACCUGUACCACUCUAUCCGGUCGUACUACUGCCUCUUCAGAUUCACUUUGUCUGGACACCCCGAGCUCAACAUGGAGAAGUGCGGCUUCUCCAGGGGUGAGACCGCACUACCUCCUCCUCCCCCCAGACGCCUCUGAGGUGGUCCAGCAUCCUGAACUGGACUCAAGUUUGGGACAACCAGACCAACGACAGCCCAGCCCUGUCGAACUCAGGUCUAACAGCCCCCUCCGAUGUCCUGACACCAACUCCUACAACGGUUCUAUGGACAACCUCACCGUCCCCUGCAGUUACGUGGACAGACUUACUAAAAACGGGCACAUUGAAGCUGAGAAUGACACAGAGGGACACAGGAGAGGGCUUGAUCGUAGCUCGUACCAUAACGCCAUCGCUGCUUUGGAAAACACUAGCGAAGAAGAGGAAGAUAAUCCAGGGAAGGAGGAAGAGGAGUAUGAUAAUGACUUUGAAUGCAGUUUUCUGAGGCCAGUGAUAGAGACUGAAUCAGCGUUUAACCCAAGCACGUUUGACUCCCGCCUGCUCCCCGAGGUCAACAAACCCUUGGAGAUGUCAGUGCUGAAGAGAGCCAAAGAGCUGCUGCUGAGUCACGACCACCACAGCAUCGCCAGGCACCUGCUCGUGGCCGACUGCCAGGUUGCUAGGAUACUCGGAGUGACUGCAGAGGUCAAAGGUCGGAUGGGUGUGGCCUCAGGUUUGGAGCUUGUGACUCUGCCUCACGGUCAGCAGCUCAGACUGGACCUGAUGGAGAGACACCACACGAUGGCGAUCGGAGUGGCGGUGGAUAUUCUGGGAUGCACAGGCAGUGUGGAGGAGCGGGCGUCCACACUGAACCGGAUCAUUCUGGUGGCAGUGGAGUUGAAGGACACUGUGGGAGAUCUGUUUGCCUUCACCGCUCUGAUGAAGGCUCUGGACAUGCCCCAGAUCACUCGAUUAGAGGAAACGUGGACAGUUCUUCGGAGGAACUUCACACAAACUGCGAUUGGUUAUGAGAAAAUACUCAAACCUUUUUAUAAGAAUUUAUAUGAAGGCACAGCCGCUCUUGGUACUCUGGUCUGUGUCCCUCUCUUGGUGCCCCUGCUCACCCUGAUGGAGCGCCCACCCAUGGGUCCUGAGGGGGCGGAGCUUUGGGAGACCAGUGACCAUGGCUGUGACAUUAUGCUGCGCCACCUGGAGGCAGCUCGGGAAAUGGCGCACAACUCAAAAAGCUACACCACAAAUGCACACAAGAUCUUGCAAGGUUUUGAGAUUGACAAAGAUCUACUGGAGGUUUUCAAGACAGACUUUCAGCUGCGCCUGCUGUGGGGAAGCAGAGGAGCAACCGUCAACCAAUCAGAUCGCUACAACAAGUUUAACCUCAUCCUCACAGCGUUGUCACGGAAACUGGAGCCCCCACCCAAAACACAAACAUUAAUCUGACUUCAUCCAAACGCGGGCAUCCACCAGGGCUUGAAGUUUAAAAACAUUGAUGAAAUACGCUGUUGUUUUGACCACCAGUCGGAUUUGAGAAGAUUAUAAAAUAAAAACACAGGUCUGAUGUCUUUGAAGCUGAGCCACGUGGCAUGGCUUUGGGGUUUUAGAAUGAAACUAAAAUGAUUUAAAAGUGCACUAUGUAACUUUUCUGGCCUGCUUGUCUCCAUGGAAUGUUCCACAGUAAGGUAUUAGACUCAUCUAUCUAGCAUUUGUUUUGAUCCUCCAAAAUAUAUUAAAAACAUGCACUCUUACCAUAGACUGUAUAAAGAAGUGGACUAAGUGAGUGUGACGUCACCCACAGCGUUUGGCUCCAGUCAAAUGAAGCUCAUCGAGGCUAGAGCAGUUAUAGAUAACAGCUUAGAAACACUGUCAAUCAAACCUGUUGCUAACGCUAGAGGGAGUGAACUUAGGGAUAGAAGGAGCAUGAUUUGUCUGUUAUUAAUGUUCAUAUCUUCAUUUACAGACACAAUAGCGACAUAAAAAUACCAGGAUCAUAUAGAGCGGGUUAAUAUGAACAUUUUAAGACGAAAAUGACGAGCCUGACAGCAGCAGUGACACAGAGAGAGUUUUGUUUCUCAAAACCAAGUGAAUUUGAGCUGAGUCGAUGGAGCCGUUAGUGCGCCCAUGCUCACUUCCUAGUUGAAACGCAGUGGCUAGCAGGUUAGCUAUGUCCAUUUAUAUGUACAGACUAUGAUUCUUACUGUGAGUGGGGAACUUGGUCUUGUGGUGCCACUGGCUUGUCUCAAUGGCUAUAGCUAAGUUUAAUGCCUUAGUGUGUGAUAUUUUAGGCAUAGCAGUAAUAUUUCCAUGGAGACAAGACAGCAGCGUAAAAUUACCAGAAAUGUUACGCUGUUUCCUGUCAGCAUGCUAUUCAUUUUUGUCAUCCUGGAUAAUAUGGGCAAGAAAGGUUUGUACACUGACGAGUUACUAUGCAUUUGUACGAGGCGAUGGGCACAAAGACGAGCCCAAAAAGGUCGAAGUUGUGAGUUGCCGUAGUUUUGUCUAUUGCAUCACUUCCUGUCUGAUUGAAGAGCCGGUCUACACAGUUAUUUAUGACGAUGAUGUUUAAGAUCAACUGUUGAACUGUUUCAAUGAACCAUUUUUACUACAGCAUAACAAACCCUAGUCUGUUACUUAUCUCUGCCUUUAAAGGGCCUGUACCUCGAGAACAUGUUACUGAAUUAGUCCUGCCUAUUUAUAUUUAGUCCCUUUUUUCACUGAUGUUGAACCAUGAUAGAGAAACAACCGUCUGCCAUUCAUACACCAGUGUCUCCUUACACGGGUGUAUGAAUGUGUGUGUGCGUGUGAGUGGUUCCUUGAAGGUGGAAAAGUGCUAUAUAAAAAUCUGAUCAUUUACCAUCAGUAGGUCACAUUUUAUUCACAAACAGCUGCUUUUACAAUAUAAUAACUGGAGUAAAAAAUGUCUCAGGUACAGGCCUUUUAACUUAAAGGUGCACUAUGUAAAUUUUCUGGUGGGGGACGACUACCUUCCAUAGAGAUGCUAUUGGUUUACCUAAAAUGUUCCAUGGUGUAGAUUUUAAGUGAUCACAUCUGUUCAUUUGCAGUUGUCUAAAAAUGUCUGGAAAAUACCUGUAAUUUGUUCUAAGAAUGGGCCUACCUCUCCACAGAUCUGCUCUGUAACUUAAUAUUGUUGCAUCACCUGCUUGUUUCCAUGGAGACAGACAAGUUUAAAACAACCUAAGCAAAUGUAAGGUUCUUACUUAUGUUUCACGUUAUGUAUUUUAACGGCUCUAUCUUGCAUCUAUUCAAUUGCAGGUGUGUAGAAAACACAUGUAAUCUCUUUCUGUGAAUGGUCUCACCUCUCCCCAGAUCUGCUCUGUAAUGUAGUAUCAUAGAAUCUCCUGCUUGUCUCCAUGGAGAUAGAGAAGUUUAAUACAACCUAAGCAAAUAUAAGGUUCUUACUUAUGUUCCAUGUUAUGUAUUUUAACGGCUCUAUCUUGGUUUUAUUCAGUUGUAGGUGUCUAAAAAAGAUCUGCGCUGUAACUUAGUAUUAUGGCAUCACCUGCUUGUCUCCAUGGAAAUAGAGAAGUUGAAACAACCUAAGCAAAUAAAACUUUCUUUUGCAACCCCCAAACAGAAAAAUUACAGUGUGCCUUUACAUCUCAAACUUUCCACAUAUGUAAAAUGAAGCAUCUGAGUCGUCAUGUUGUUCAAAUGAAACAUUAACAUGAUUAAACUGUGUGUAAAUUAUUUGUAGCAUGUUAAUAAUAAGACUGUAUAUAUUUUACUGUAGCAGACUGUAAAGAUGUGGAUGUAUUUUAAUGUUUAUAUUGUGAGCACCAGUGGAAAGACUAAUAAAUAUGUUGUAUG